ACACCUCUCAUUGCUGGUGUGGUGGGUUGGCCAACUGAUGAGCAGGCGGACGAAUGGGCAGGUCUUCUUCCUCGGCUUCGUCUGCUUCAUGGGUCCGGGUCUCUUCAACGACCUUUGCGGCAGCGGUCAGAUCAGCAGCACCAUCAGCACCAACUCCAACGGUAUCCUCUACGCGACCUUCCCCUUCACUGCUUUCUUUUCCGGCUCGAUCAACAACGUCGUUGGUCCGCGCCUCACGCUUCUCAUUGGGAGCAGCGGCUAUGCCGUGUACAUCGGCUCUUACCUCGCCAUCAAUCUUGACCCUGAUGCAGGCAGCUUCAUGAUCGCGGCGGGCGCGAUCUCCGGUGUCUGCGCCGGAUUGCCCUGGACGGCCCAGGGCUCGUUCAUGUUGGCGCACCCGGCCGAGGACCAGAAGGGUAUCUGCUUCGGCAUCUUCUGGGCGAAUGGGCGGGUGGGCGAAUAGACUGGCUGGCGCACAGACUGGCUAGCGAACGGGCUGGUAAAAAGACAAGCAGACUAUGUCACUGACCUGGUCCAUACUUUGGUUCGCUGAGGUAUGCGAUGUAGUUAUGACAUGUAAAUCAAUACAAGUAUAUCAUAUGCCAUACAUUUGCCUUGUGUGAGCGCGU